UUACAACAAAUAAUUUGUAAGCUAUAAAAUCAUUUAAAAUGGAAAAUGAAACUCUGGCGAAACAAGAAAUUAAGGAUUCGCUUAAGCUUAGUAAUACUAUUUUAAAACUACUUGGUUUUACGUUAAAUAAACCAGCAACUGUAACUUAUGCUGUUGUUCAAAAAUGUUUAUUUAUUACCACUAUUGUUAUCAUCACUAUUCACGUUCUUAGUGAAUUGGCGUGUCUCUAUGUCACAUCCAUAACUACGCCACAGGUUGAUCAAGUAGUUCCUUUACUCCACAUAGUUGGCUAUGGAACAUUGGGUAUAUUGAAAUUCACUGUACUAUGUUCCAAAAGAAAAGUGUUUGCACAAUUAUUGAGUGACCUGGCCACAAUAUGGCCGGUACCGCCUCUUGUGAAGGAAGCUCAGAGUUUGAAGAAUAGCAAUUUGCGAACUCUUCGUCUAAUGCACAGCUGGUAUUUCGCUUUAAAUGAAUCCGGCACACUAUUUUACAUCAUAACUCCUAUAGGUUUAUAUAUAUACUACCAUAUACGCGGACAAGCUUAUGCCAUAAAGACAGUUUGGAAAUCUUGGUAUCCAUUCAACAUAUAUCAACAAGAAUGGAUUCAUAUAUUAAUUUAUAUAUUCGAGAUUUUCUCUGGACAAUCAUGCGUAUGGGCGAUGAUCGGUUCUGACCUUUUGUUUACUGGAAUGGUCAACCACAUUAUAUUAUUAUUAAAAAUUUUACAACAACGUCUCAGAAAUCUAGGCAGAACUGAAAGCUCUAGUGAAGAUGAUGGCAAGAAACUUAUUGAAUGUAUCAAACUACAUCAAAGGCUGAUUAAAUACUGCAAAGAUUUAGAAAAUGCCUUUUCUCUCGUCAAUCUUAUAAACAUUUGUCUUAGCUCUGUUAACAUCUGUUGUGUGCUUUUCGUUAUAGUGUUAAUAGAACCGAGAUUAGGACUGAGCAACAAAUUGUUUUUUGGAGCGUCCCUUAUUCAAAUUGGUUUAAUUUGUUGGUACGGCGAAGAUUUAAUUCAAGAGAAUGCGAAUAUAGCUGAGGCAGCUUAUAACAGCAACUGGUAUAACCUUAAUCCUUCAUCAAGACGAAGGUUGGCAUUUCUAAUACAGAGAGCACAAAAGCCGAUAGCUUUUACCGCAAUGGGCUUCACCAAUAUUUCACUAGUUACGUAUUCUGCGAUUCUAACGAGAUCAUAUUCGUACUUCACUCUACUUUACACAAUGUAUAGUGAAGGUUAAGUUACGAAGACACCAUUUUUACUAUAAUUAUUUGUGCAUAAAUUUUACACAAAACUUAAUCCACUAACUUAUUGUAGAUCAAAUAGUAUUUAUUAAAUUGAUUGUUGUAAGUAAAAAGGUAUGGAUAUUAAGCAACAUUAGUAAAGGAAUAAAUGUGAACCACCACCUACAAUUUUACUAAUCACUGCGAUGGGCCAUCGCAGUGAUUAGUAAAAUUAUUUAGUGUAACCCGCUAUAAAUGAGGUUAUUCUGGCCGCUAAAGAUCCGCACAAACUAUUUCAAAAAGUAAGUCCGAUUCUUCUACACUACUUUUAUAAAACACGUAUUAUACAUAGAAUAA